AGGAGCCCGCCUAAAGUGCGGCAAGUGGCAGCCGCGGGUGGGGGAGCGCCCACCAUGGCCGGGCACAUCCUGGAGGCGGUGGCGUCUUCCCAGGAGCGCCGCGGUCUGUCGCUGGCCGGGGUCAAGAAGGCGCUGUCAGCCGCCGGCUACGAUGUGCCGCGGAUCAACUCGCGGGUGAACCAGGCGGUGCGGAGCCUGGUGUCCGCAGGCUCGUUGCUGCGGACGGCGGGCGCCGGGGCCUCGGGCUCCUUCAAGAUCAACCGGCAGCAGCACCACGAGGACGGGCAGAGCCGCCCGGUGCCA